AUGCACCCUGGUGUGUCUUUCUGUAUUUUAUGGAGUGUGAUUUCGGUUGCUUCGUUUACCGUAGUAGCAGGUGUUGCUCUUAUAGCUCUCGGCGCCUCCGGUGUACUGCGAUCGCCUUCGUCCAAUAAUAAUAAUGAUAAUAAUGUCGCAACAACGACGCUAAGUUUGUUCGACAGUUUUUCUGCAGCGCCAUUCGCUAAUAUUUCGAUUUAUCCUAACGGUUCCUAUCAACGUUCUUUGUCCUCGUUCACAGAAACCUCCAGCGUUAGUCCUCUGAUACCGUUCAACGAAUCGAUAUUGAACCAAUUCGGCGGUACUGACAAUUCAUCAUCGAUCUUCGAAGCUGGUCGAGCACAAUACUUGUAUUUUCAUGUACCAGCCGAAUUAUUACCGAAAAAACGGCCCAUUUCGAACUCUGUAGUCAAAUUGAGAACAUUACGAGCUACAUUAAACAGCUAUACCGGUGUAGCUCUUCAUUUUGGCACUGCCGGAAGCAACGAUUUGCUUUUUGUCGUGCCGCUGCCAGACGCAAACGGCCCCAAUCAAACAAGUCCGGGCGUCACAACUUUGCUUAUCUUGACCGAUGGCUCGAGAGUCAUUCGAAUAGCAAUCGUUACUCCAUCGAACAUCUGUCAACUCCCGAGUGUCAAACCCAUAGACGCAUGUCUCUACAUCACCUAUCAAGCUCGUUUGGUUAUCAACACUAAUCAAAUCACUUCUUCAGUUUCCGUGACUACCAAUUUGGCAUGUGGUGACGUUUGCUCAUUGCAGAUGUCUCCAUGUUCGACAACGUGUACGCAAUGUGAUGGACAGCAAGUAGCCGGAGCUGAUACACCCGUUUCUCGACGUUAUAGCAUGGGUUCAAAUUCGGCAACAUUCGCAUUUGACUAUCAAACGUAUACAAUUAAAGAUCGAAUUACAGUUUGGAACGGUGCGACACUCGUAUUUGAUACCGGAUGCAUUGGUGCGGAUGGAACGACCUACGUUACCUAUGCGAGCACAUCGUCAUCGAUUCGUGUUGAUGUCGAGCCUAAUUGUGCUUGUACCGAUCCUCUUGGAUGUACCGGAACUGUUUGGUACUUUCUUGUACACUGCUUAAAUCUCACACAUGUUGGAUGA